GCACGAAUGAAAGUCAUUGUUACAGCCCUGUCUACCAGUUGUCUGACUUUCGGCAGAUCGUUUGACUUUUGUAAGACUCAGUUUCUACAUCUGAGAAGCGCAGUAAUUUCCAUCUCAAGAAAGAAAUAUAAGAGGAUUUAAUGAGGUAAUGACUGUAAUGGGCCUGACAUAUGUUAGGUGUGAAGUGACUGAUUAUUCCCCUCUCUGACAUGAUGGAGACACACAGCUGAGAGUGGUGGAAGAUUUUGAACUUUUGAUCUUCUAAAUAGAAAGAAACACCUGCUGAUGGUUGGAGAUGCAGCUGGAAGUAGGCUGGGUAAAAGACAAGGCCAAGGGUUUAGAUCUGGGAAUCAGACCAAUGAUAGUACCUUGUAUUCACGUUGCUCUCCAGAAGUUACCUGCUGCUUUCAUAUGUUUGUCAGAGGCAUGGAAAUGGGUGAGCUCUUUUACAGAAGAGAAUGCAGCGCCUGGCUCACUACCGGUUCUUUUCGGAAUGAUGGUUUGAAAGCUUCUGAUGUCCUUCCCAUCCUAAAGGAAAAAGUGGCCUUCGUUUCUGGGGGCCGUGAUAAACGAGGUGGACCCAUCCUGACCUUCCCUGCUCGCAGCAAUCAUGACAGAAUAAGACAGGAAGACCUACGGAAACUUGUGACCUAUUUGGCCAGUGUGCCAAGUGAGGACGUGUGCAAACGUGGCUUCACCGUCAUCAUCGACAUGCGGGGCUCCAAGUGGGACCUCAUCAAGCCCCUCCUCAAGACGCUGCAGGAAGCUUUCCCAGCUGAGAUCCAUGUGGCCCUCAUCAUUAAACCCGACAACUUCUGGCAGAAGCAGAAGACCAACUUUGGCAGCUCCAAAUUCAUCUUUGAGACGAGCAUGGUGUCUGUGGAAGGCCUCACAAAGCUGGUGGACCCCUCCCAGCUGACUGAGGAGUUUGAUGGCUCCCUGGACUACAACCACGAGGAAUGGAUCGAGCUGCGGCUUUCCCUGGAGGAGUUCUUCAACAGUGCUGUGCACCUGCUCUCACGCCUGGAGGACCUGCAGGAGAUGCUGGCCAGGAAGGAGUUCCCUGUGGAUGUGGAGGGCUCUCGGCGGCUCAUCGAUGAGCACACGCAGCUCAAGAAGAAGGUGCUGAAGGCCCCCGUGGAGGAGCUGGACCGGGAGGGGCAGCGGCUACUGCAGUGCAUCCGCUGCAGCGAUGGCUUCUCAGGGCGCAAUUGCAUCCCUGGCAGCGCUGACUUCCAGAGCCUGGUGCCCAAGAUCACCAGCCUGCUGGACAAGCUGCACUCCACCCGGCAGCACCUGCACCAGAUGUGGCAUGUGCGCAAGCUCAAGCUGGAUCAGUGUUUCCAGCUGCGGCUUUUUGAGCAGGAUGCCGAGAAGAUGUUCGACUGGAUAAGCCACAACAAGGAAUUAUUCCUCCAGAGCCAUACAGAGAUCGGAGUCAGCUACCAGCACGCUCUAGACCUGCAGACACAGCACAAUCACUUCGCCAUGAACUCCAUGAAUGCCUAUGUCAACAUCAACCGCAUCAUGUCCGUGGCUUCUCGCCUCUCUGAGGCUGGUCAUUAUGCCUCACAGCAAAUCAAGCAGAUUUCCACACAGCUGGACCAGGAGUGGAAGAGCUUUGCAGCUGCCCUGGAUGAACGUAGCACCAUCCUUGCCAUGUCUGCAGUAUUCCACCAGAAGGCUGAGCAGUUCCUGUCGGGAGUGGACGCCUGGUGCAAGAUGUGCAGUGAAGGUGGCCUGCCAUCCGAGAUGCAGGACCUGGAGCUGGCAAUCCACCACCACCAGUCUUUGUAUGAGCAGGUGACUCAGGCCUACACUGAGGUCAGCCAGGAUGGCAAAGCCCUGCUGGACGUGCUUCAGCGUCCCCUGAGUCCUGGGAACUCUGAGUCCCUCACAGCCACAGCCAACUACUCCAAGGCAGUGCACCAGGUACUGGAUGUGGUACAUGAGGUGCUGCACCAUCAGCGGCGACUCGAGAGCAUCUGGCAGCACCGCAAGGUGCGGCUCCACCAGCGGCUGCAGCUCUGUGUUUUCCAGCAGGACGUCCAGCAGGUAUUAGACUGGAUUGAAAACCACGGUGAGGCCUUUCUCAGCAAACACACAGGGGUUGGAAAGUCCCUGCACCGAGCCCGAGCCCUGCAGAAGAGGCACGAUGACUUUGAGGAGGUUGCUCAGAAUACGUACACCAAUGCCGACAAGCUCCUAGAAGCAGCAGAACAGCUGGCGCAGACUGGGGAAUGUGACCCGGAGGAGAUCUACAAGGCAGCUCGACACCUGGAGGUGCGCAUCCAAGACUUCGUGCGCAGGGUGGAGCAGCGGAAGCUUCUCCUGGACAUGUCUGUUUCCUUCCACACACACACCAAAGAGUUGUGGACAUGGAUGGAAGACCUUCAGAAGGAGAUGCUGGAAGAUGUCUGUGCAGACUCAGUGGAUGCGGUCCAGGAACUGAUCAAGCAGUUCCAGCAGCAGCAGACUGCUACUCUGGAUGCCACCCUCAAUGUCAUCAAGGAAGGCGAAGACCUUAUCCAGCAGCUCAGGUCAGCGCCUCCCUCCCUGGGGGAGCCCAGCGAGGCCAGGGACUCAGCUGUGUCCAACAACAAGACACCCCACAGUAGCUCCAUCAGCCACAUCGAGUCGGUCCUGCAGCAGCUGGACGAUGCCCAGGUGCAGAUGGAAGAGCUCUUCCACGAGCGGAAGAUCAAGCUGGACAUCUUCCUGCAGCUGCGCAUCUUUGAGCAGUACACCAUUGAGGUGACAGCAGAGCUGGAUGCCUGGAACGAAGACUUGCUCCGGCAGAUGAACGACUUCAACACAGAGGAUCUGACCCUAGCAGAGCAGCGGCUCCAGCGCCAUACAGAACGGAAGCUAGCCAUGAACAACAUGACCUUCGAGGUCAUCCAGCAGGGCCAGGAUUUGCACCAGUACAUCAUGGAGGUCCAGGCCUCAGGAAUUGAGUUAAUCUGUGAGAAGGACAUUGAUCUGGCAGCCCAGGUGCAAGAGCUGCUGGAGUUUCUGCACGAGAAGCAGCACGAACUGGAGCUCAACGCAGAGCAGACUCAUAAGCGGCUGGAGCAGUGCCUCCAACUGCGGCACCUCCAGGCCGAGGUCAAACAGGUCCUGGGAUGGAUCCGCAAUGGGGAGUCAAUGCUCAACGCCAGCCUGGUCAAUGCCAGCUCUUUGUCUGAAGCAGAGCAGCUGCAGCGGGAGCACGAACAGUUCCAGCUAGCCAUCGAGUCCCUCUUUCAUGCCACUUCCUUGCAGAAGACGCACCAGAGUGCCCUGCAGGUGCAGCAGAAAGCUGAGGCACUGCUCCAGGCUGGCCACUACGAUGCAGACGCCAUCCGGGAAUGUGCCGAAAAGGUGGCCCUCCAUUGGCAGCAGCUCAUGCUGAAGAUGGAAGACCGGCUAAAACUGGUCAAUGCCUCUGUGGCCUUUUACAAAACUUCUGAACAGGUUUGUAGUGUCCUGGAGAGCUUAGAGCAAGAGUACCGGAGAGAUGAGGACUGGUGUGGUGGACGGGAUAAACUGGGGCCCGCAGCAGAGAUCGACCACGUCAUUCCUCUCAUCAGUAAACAUUUGGAACAAAAGGAGGCUUUUCUGAAGGCCUGCACCCUGGCGCGGCGGAACGCUGAGGUAUUUCUCAAGUACAUCCACAGGAACAACGUCAGCAUGCCGAGUGCUGCCAGCCAUACUCGGGGACCUGAGCAGCAAGUGAAAGCCAUCCUGAGUGAGCUCUUACAGAGGGAGAACCGCGUCCUGCACUUCUGGACCUUGAAGAAGCGGCGGUUAGACCAGUGCCAGCAAUACGUGGUGUUUGAGCGCAGUGCUAAGCAGGCACUUGACUGGAUCCAAGAAACAGGUGAAUAUUACCUCUCAACACAUACCUCCACCGGAGAGACCGCAGAGGAGACUCAGGAACUACUGAAAGAAUACGGGGAAUUCAGGGUGCCCGCCAAGCAAACAAAGGAGAAGGUGAAGCUUCUGAUUCAGCUGGCUGAUAGCUUUGUGGAAAAAGGCCACAUUCACGCCACAGAGAUCAGGAAAUGGGUGACCACGGUGGACAAGCACUACAGAGACUUCUCCUUGAGGAUGGGGAAGUACCAGUAUUCCCUGGAGAAAGCCCUAGGAGUCAACACAGAGGACAACAAGGACCUGGAGCUGGACAUCAUCCCAGCAAGCCUUUCGGAUCGUGAGGUCAAGCUGCGGGACGCCAACCACGAAGCCAAUGAAGAAAAGCGGAAGUCUGCCCGGAAGAAAGAAUUCAUUAUGGCUGAACUGCUCCAGACAGAGAAGGCUUAUGUAAGGGACUUACAUGAGUGCUUAGAGACCUACCUGUGGGAAAUGACCAGUGGUGUGGAGGAGAUCCCCCCUGGGAUCCUUAAUAAAGAACAUAUCAUCUUUGGCAACAUCCAGGAGAUCUACGAUUUUCAUAACAACAUCUUCCUCAAAGAGCUGGAGAAGUACGAGCAGCUGCCUGAGGACGUGGGACACUGCUUUGUUACCUGGGCAGAUAAAUUUCAGAUGUAUGUCACCUACUGUAAAAACAAGCCUGAUUCCAACCAGCUGAUUCUGGAGCACGCAGGCACCUUCUUUGAUGAGAUACAGCAGCGGCAUGGUCUGGCCAACUCCAUCUCUUCCUACCUAAUUAAGCCCGUCCAGAGGAUCACCAAGUACCAGCUGCUCCUGAAGGAACUUUUAACUUGCUGUGAAGAGGGGAAGGGGGAGCUCAAGGAUGGCCUGGAGGUGAUGCUCAGUGUCCCAAAGAAAGCCAAUGAUGCCAUGCAUGUCAGCAUGCUGGAAGGGUUCGACGAGAACCUGGAUGUGCAGGGGGAGCUGAUUCUCCAGGAUGCCUUUCAAGUGUGGGACCCGAAGUCACUGAUCCGGAAGGGGCGGGAGCGGCACCUGUUCCUCUUUGAGAUCUCCUUGGUUUUUAGCAAGGAGAUCAAAGAUUCUUCAGGACACACAAAAUAUGUUUACAAGAACAAGCUACUGACCUCAGAGCUGGGUGUGACCGAGCACGUAGAGGGGGAUCCCUGCAAAUUUGCCUUGUGGUCUGGGCGCACCCCAUCCUCAGACAAUAAAACCGUGCUGAAAGCCUCCAACAUAGAAACCAAGCAGGAGUGGAUCAAGAACAUACGUGAGGUGAUUCAAGAAAGGAUCAUUCACCUGAAAGGAGCUUUAAAGGAGCCAAUUCAGCUCCCCAAAACACCAGCCAAACUGAGGAACAAUAGUAAGAGGGAUGGAGUGGAGGAUGUUGACAGCCAGGGGGAUGGGAGCAGCCAGCCGGAUACCAUCUCCAUCGCCUCGAGGACCUCUCAGAACACAGUGGACAGUGACAAGCUCUCUGGUGGAUGUGAGUUGACCGUGGUCCUCCAGGACUUCAACGCUGGCCACAGCAGUGAGCUGACCAUCCAGGUGGGACAGACGGUGGAGCUGUUGGAGCGGCCGAGUGAGCGGCCGGGCUGGUGCCUGGUGCGCACCACGGAGCGGAGUCCCCCACAGGAGGGCCUGGUCCCCAGCAGUGCCCUGUGCAUCUCCCACUCCCGAAGCAGCGUGGAGAUGGACUGCUUCUUCCCACUGGUGAAAGAUGCAUACUCUCACUCCUCAAGUGAAAAUGGAGGCAAGUCCGAGUCAGUGGCCAACCUGCAGGCUCAGCCCUCCCUGAACUCCAUCCAUAGCUCGCCUGGCCCCAAGCGCUCCACCAACACCCUUAAGAAGUGGCUGACGAGUCCUGUGCGCCGGCUUAACAGUGGGAAAGCAGACGGAAACAUCAAGAAGCAGAAGAAAGUGCGUGAUGGUCGGAAGAGCUUUGACCUGGGAUCUCCCAAGCCUGGUGAUGAGACGACCCCUCAGGGAGACAGUGCUGAUGAGAAGAGCAAGAAAGGUUGGGGUGAAGAUGAGCCAGAUGAAGAAUCACACACCCCGCUCCCUCCACCUAUGAAGAUCUUUGACAAUGACCCGACACAGGAUGAGAUGAGCCUAGAAGGAGGCUCAUACCGGGGGAGCCUGAAAGACCCGGCAGGCUGCCUGAAUGAGGGGAUGGCCCCGCCCACACCUACCAGAAACCUGGAAGAAGAACAGAAAGCCAAGGCGCUGCGAGGCAGGAUGUUUGUCCUGAAUGAGCUGGUGCAGACUGAGAAAGACUACGUCAAAGAUCUGGGGAUUGUGGUGGAGGGCUUCAUGAAGAGAAUAGAAGAAAAGGGCGUCCCUGAGGACAUGCGAGGAAAGGACAAAAUUGUGUUUGGGAAUAUUCACCAGAUUUACGAUUGGCAUAAGGAUUUUUUCCUGGCUGAACUGGAAAAAUGUAUCCAGGAGCAAGACAAAUUGGCACAGCUCUUUAUUAAACAUGAGCGGAAGCUGCACAUCUACGUGUGGUACUGCCAGAACAAGCCGCGCUCGGAGUACAUCGUCGCUGAGUACGAUGCCUACUUUGAAGAGGUGAAACAGGAGAUAAAUCAAAGGCUAACGCUCAGUGACUUCCUCAUCAAGCCCAUUCAGAGAAUAACCAAGUAUCAGUUGCUCCUCAAGGACUUCCUGCGAUACAGCGAGAAGGCGGGCUUGGAGUGCUCAGAUAUCGAGAAAGCCGUGGAGUUAAUGUGCCUUGUUCCAAAACGCUGCAAUGAUAUGAUGAAUCUGGGACGCCUGCAGGGCUUUGAGGGCACCCUGACCGCUCAGGGGAAGCUGCUGCAGCAGGACACGUUCUAUGUGAUUGAGCUGGACGCAGGCAUGCAGUCCCGGACCAAGGAGAGGCGCGUGUUCCUCUUCGAGCAAAUUGUCAUCUUCAGUGAACUGCUCAGGAAGGGAUCUCUUACCCCAGGCUACAUGUUCAAAAGGAGCAUCAAGAUGAACUACUUGGUCCUGGAGGAGAACGUGGACAACGACCCCUGCAAGUUUGCACUGAUGAACAGGGAAACUUCGGAGAGGGUCAUUCUGCAAGCCGCCAACGCUGACAUCCAGCAGGCCUGGGUGCAGGACAUCAAUCAAGUCUUAGAAACACAGCGAGACUUCUUAAAUGCACUACAGUCACCCAUUGAGUAUCAGCGGAAGGAGAGGAGCACAGCUGUGAUGAGGCCCCAGCCUGCUAGGGCUCCUCAAGCCAGCCCUAGGCCCUACUCCUCUGUCCCCGUGGGCUCUGAGAAGCCCCCAAAGGGCUCCAGCUAUAACCCCCCUCUGCCACCCCUGAAGAUAUCUACCUCCAAUGGCAAUCCAGGGUUUGACUACCACCAGCCUGGGGACAAGUUUGAGGCCAGCAAGCAGAGUGACCUGGGAGGCUGCAAUGGGACUUCGUCCAUGGCCGUGAUCAAAGAUUACUAUGCACUGAAGGAGAACGAAAUCUGUGUGAGCCAAGGUGAGGUGGUCCAGGUCCUCGCCGUCAACCAGCAGAACAUGUGCCUGGUGUACCAGCCUGCCAGCGACCACUCGCCCGCGGCCGAGGGCUGGGUCCCGGGCAGCAUCCUGGCACCCCUCACCAAAGCCACGGCAGCGGCAGAAAGUAGUGACGGGAGCAUCAAGAAGUCAUGUUCAUGGCAUACUCUACGCAUGAGAAAGCGGGCGGAAGUGGAGAACACGGGUAAAAGUGAAGCCACAGGGUCUCGUAAACCCAAGGAUAUUCUGGGCAACAAAGUCUCUGUUAAAGAGACGAACAGUUCCGAGGAGUCAGAGUGUGAUGAUCUUGACCCUAAUACUAGCAUGGAGAUCUUAAAUCCAAAUUUCAUCCAAGAAGUGGCCCCAGAAUUCCUUGUGCCCUUAGUGGAUGUGACCUGCUUGCUUGGGGACACAGUGACACUGCAGUGCAAAGUCUGUGGGCGACCAAAGCCCACCAUCACCUGGAAGGGUCCAGACCAGAGCAUCCUUGACACUGACAGCAGCUCAGCCACAUACAGCCUGUCCUCCUGUGAUUCCGGGGAGAUCACCCUGAAGAUCUGUAAUCUGAUGCCCCAGGACAGUGGGAUUUAUACCUGCAUCGCAACUAACGACCACGGGACCGCAUCGACGUCCGCUGCGGUUAAAGUGCAAGGUGUUCCGGCAGCCCCUAACCGCCCCAUUGCCCAGGAGAGAAGCUGCACCUCCGUGAUUCUCCGCUGGCUGCCCCCGUCCAGCACAGGAAACUGCACUAUUUCCGGUUACACCGUGGAGUACAGAGAGGAAGGUUCCCAGGCCUGGCAGCAGUCGGUGGCUUCGACCUUGGACACUUACCUUGUCAUUGAAGACCUCAGUCCCGGGAGUCCUUACCAGUUCCGCGUCAGUGCCAGUAACCCCUGGGGGAUCAGCCUUCCCAGUGAGCCCUCGGAGUUUGUGAGACUUCCAGAAUACGAUGCUGCUGCUGAUGGGGCCACCAUUUCCUGGAAGGAAAACUUUGAUUCGGCUUACACUGAGCUGAAUGAAAUCGGAAGAGGCCGUUUCUCCAUCGUAAAGAAGUGCAUUCACAAAGCUACCCGCAAAGAUGUUGCUGUGAAAUUUGUUAGCAAAAAAAUGAAGAAAAAAGAGCAGGCUGCCCACGAGGCUGCCCUGCUCCAGCACCUGCAGCACCCACAGUAUGUCACCCUCCACGACACCUACGAGUCUCCCACGUCCUACAUCCUGAUUCUGGAGCUGAUGGAUGAUGGCCGGCUCUUAGACUACCUUAUGAAUCACGAUGAGCUCAUGGAAGAGAAGGUAGCGUUCUACAUCCGAGACAUCAUGGAGGCCCUGCAGUACCUUCACAACUGCAGGGUUGCUCACUUGGACAUCAAGCCCGAGAACCUGCUCAUUGACCUGCGGAUUCCAGUGCCUCGAGUGAAGCUCAUCGACUUGGAGGAUGCUGUCCAGAUCUCAGGACACUUCCACAUCCACCACCUGCUGGGGAACCCUGAGUUUGCUGCCCCGGAAGUGAUCCAGGGCAUCCCCGUGUCCCUGGGCACUGACAUCUGGAGCAUCGGGGUGCUGACGUAUGUCAUGCUGAGUGGGGUCUCCCCCUUCUUGGAUGAGAGCAAAGAGGAGACGUGUAUCAAUGUAUGCAGGGUGGACUUCAGCUUCCCCCAUGAAUACUUCUGUGGCGUGAGCAAUGCCGCCAGAGAUUUCAUCAAUGUGAUCCUGCAGGAAGACUUCCGGAGGCGGCCCACAGCAGCCACCUGCCUGCAGCACCCGUGGCUGCAGCCCCACAAUGGCAGCUACUCCAAGAUCCCUCUGGACACCUCCCGCCUGGCCUGCUUCAUAGAACGCCGCAAGCACCAGAACGAUGUUCGGCCUAUUCCCAAUGUCAAGAGCUACAUUGUCAGCCGGGUCAACCAAGGGACGUAGCCACUGAGCUUGCGUCCCAGCCCUUGAGGUUUCACAUGGAAGUGCAGUGUGAGCCAAAGCAAGACUGAAUGUGUCUGUAAAUAAUUCUGUUCAUUAUUUCACUCCAUGCAGUUCUCUGGAUUGAGAGAUGGUCCCUCUUAAACCUCGUCAGUGGUUAUUCAGGGUCUGAGCAGCAGUAAAAUCACCCGAGAUCCAGGGCUUUCCAGAAGGUCGUUCACAGGAGAUAAAGGAGAAAGUCACAGAGAGUAUUACAAAGAGGGUCAAGGAUAACAAGAAUAUUAGCUGUCACAAAAUGUUAAUUGUGCAUUCCAAAAUGAGUGGGUAAGUGGGCAAAACUUCAGCUCAUUGUGGUGAGUAUAAAAGGUUUCUGCCUGUGCUGAAAUUUCAAGCAAAAAGUUCUAUUUAACAGAGAUGUCAAGUAUGCCAACCAUUCUGGUUUACAGUACUUACAGUUUCUUAGUAAGAUUCAUAUACACACACAGUAAAACAUAUCCCAUUCAGAUUUCAGAGUUUUAUAAUAGAGAGAUAUAUAUGAAAUCAAUCAAAGUAACUUUUUAGUGCUCCAGUUAAGACAGUAAUUUAUCUGCCGAAGCAUUACAUUGUUUUGACUAAGCACAAUUAGAUGACAAGAUUUUUAGAGCAUUUUAUAAAUCCUGUAUAGAAAUCUUUACCAGAACCUGUGCAUUAAGAGAAAGCGGUUCCCCUUUUGAAAUCUGUGAACAAGUUUUCUCUCAGUCACAGGCACCUGACUAACAUGGGUUCUGUAUAUGAAAUGCUAUUCCCAAAUUCGCUGGCAGCUCAGAGUCAGCCUGGCAGGAGAGCCUGCCAGGAACUAAGUCCAAAUUACAGCAAGAGUUGUGAGCUCUUUUUAUGUCUAUACUUGGUUUGAAGUUAAUAGCGAAUAUAACAGGUUCGCACAAAAGGGCAAACAAAAACCUUUCCUACGGUUCCUUGAACACCUAACAACACUCUCUGCUGUCCUCUACAGCUGUAGAACUCAGUCCUCAGACAGCUGGUCUACUUGAUUUCUAACCCUUGUGGAAGCUAAGGGGUGCUCACCAACAGGAGGCAGCCAUGUAGGCCUUUUAAAGGCCUGGUCUCAAGUCCUUUUUGAAGCCAUGGAACAAAAUCUGCUCCAUCACCCUGAUGGAGCAUUGAAUUUUAACUGCAAUUGCACUGUCUACCACCACCCAGCCAUCAGUAUUUCCCGGCACUAAAAGGACUAGUUGCACUCGGAGGCCAAUGCUGCUUGCUGGUGUACCUUCUCCACACUAGAUGCCUGCUUACUGCCCUUUUUUCUGCUAGUGGAAGGACAGCUAAACCUGAGCAUUUCAUGUUUUUUCUUUCUUUGUUUUAGAAAGCAUUUUUGUUUUUGUGUUUGUCUGUGAUCCACUCUUUGUUUUCUAAAGUGUGUUUUGAAACUUGCGGUUAUGCAAAUAAUAUUUUAAAAACAUAACUCAAGUGUUUGUCUGAGUCAGAUUGAAUGGCAUUGCUACUCUCCUGUGAUAGGAUUGAGAAAAUUGAAAUCACGCAGCACGGAAAUACAAGCAUAGAGUUGAUGAAGGGUAAAUAGAACUACAGACUUAGUUCAAUGAAAAGGAAUUUUGGAAACUGAGCCCGAACUUGCAUAUGUAAAAACACUUAUUUCCGCAGUGGAAAUGUAGAAUUGAAAACACUCAUCAUUCUUUCCCACUGAUUUCAAAGUCAACUUCCUCAUCUACCCUCCAAUUCAUCCCAUCCAAGGUUGUAAGUUAAUAACUUAAUGGAAAGGAUAAGCAAUAAGACUAGAUAGCACUUCAUGUUUUCAGAAUUAACCAAAUAUGUGGAGACUGACUUUGACUAUAUCUGUUUCCUAGUUUUCGAAUGGCCCCGGGGCCAUCAAGGAUCCCUUCCUCAGAGUGCUCUCUUGACAAACCCUCCAUAGUCUUCAUUUAAAAAGAAAUGUAUAUACAAAUGCUAUACGACAUAAUAUUUUAAAAUUUAAAACAAUUUACUAGAAAGUCUUUUAGCAAACAUGUCUUCAUUACAAGACAUUUCAUAAGAAGAAAGCCUGGUCCCCAGGGUGGUGUGCAAUAGAGUGCAGGCCUGAGGGGUCCAGAUCGCCACCUAGUGGUAGGUAUGGCUCAGCAAGCUCCCUUCUGUCGGAGGGGACAGUGACUAAAGAGCCCCCUGCUGAGCCACUUGGAGUGUUUCUGACCAUGCAGGAGGUGAAGCUGAGUUUCUGCUUGGGAAGGGUAGGGCCUAGGACAGUGGUGCAGACGGCACAGGAGAGUGUUAAUGGGAUUGUGUGGUGGGAAGGCAGUUGACAGAAUGUUGGAGCCAAAGCUUUUGUAUCAGCUUUUACAGCAGAGUGGGGAUGAUCCAGAUGGGAGGUUGCACGAAACCCCCACCCCCAGGACACUUGUUGGGGAAGUGAGGGGACAGGAGAAGAAGGACAUAGACAUGAAAAGUAGCAUGAUUUUGUUAACUGGAGCCAAAGUACAAUCAUUAGAGUAGAAUGAAUUUAAUAGGAGCCCAAAGAGAAAGGGCGUAUAUUUUAUAUAGUUUGGUAACUGAAGGAAAACAACAGGGAAGCUCCCUGUCUGCAAAGCUUCUGGUUCCUCCCGACAGGAAAGAGAUAGCAGUUCUGGUUCAAGAAUUCUCCCUGACAAGCUGGAGGUAACAAGGAAUCCCAGAACAGGUCUGGCAAAUGCACUUCAGGUUGCCCUGUGGGCAAACAUGGUGAGAGAUGCAGGCCCAGGGACCCCUUUCUCAUACUUGUUUCAGAAGAGAUAUUUACUCCUUUGUGUUAGAGAAGAGGAGAAAAAAAAGAGACAAGAGUCCACUUCCCCAAUUCCGGUGGUCCUUGACAUCGAAGCUUAAUGAGGAAUUAGUGAAAGUGAACUUCUGGUUGAACUGGGGAAAAUAAGUGUUGGGUAAAUUCACAACUUUCUUGCUUGGCUUAUAUUCACUGCAUAGGUUCUGGGGGGUUUUUUGUUUUCUUUUGUAAAGGUGGGAUGGAGGAAGAAGGGAGAGAUCAGGGACAACCCAUAGUAAUUUUUAAAAGGUAUAAGGAUUUGCUGCAUCUUUUACAAUUGUUUCAAAUUAAAUAGAUUUAUAUCCACUCACAGCUGAAUGUGGGAACAUUUUUGAGAAAAAAAUGGUCAUGUUGGCAGUGUGCUUCGGGUCUCUCACAGCCAUCAACACUCUUGGGGGAGUAGAGGAGGCAGAGAGGCAAAGCCGGCUUCACUGCUUUGUGGCUCACAAAGCUUUAUAACAGUAGUGCCUUUCGGAGGGGAAGAUGGGAGGUAAAGAAGUUCAUUGUGUUUAGACUGACUGAUGUUGCAGCAUUUUUUCUCUAUUUUACAAUAUCUGUUAAAUGAAAACAUCUGAAUAUAAGGUGAGCCUAGGAAUUCUUGAGUUCCAACCUCAGUUAUUCCUAAUUCGUCCUUUCUAACAGAAAGUCUCUGUGUUUUCUGCCCCAAGUGUCCCCAUUGUUAAAAUGGGAGUUAGUGGGAGGGAGGGCGGACAUUCAUUUCGUAGGCGUGUUGGAAGAAUACCUUAAUUGGGAGGUCUAGAUAAUACUUGGACUUUUUAAAAAGUGCUACACACUGCCAGUGCUAAGAAUUUCAUUGACAGGAACUUGAACAUUCCAGGUUUUCAAUAUUCAUGUCUUUAGGUACUCAUUUGCAAACUCAUGAAGUUAAAUUCUACAAAUUGAUUUUAAUUGGAAGUACUAGGUGCUCUUUGUCUAAAUGUUAUUUGGUCUUGGCCUAUAAUUUUGAUCAUUUAAAAGCUUGUCUACAGAAAGAGGUUAGGAGAGCUGAUUGAAGUCUUUAUGUCAAUAAACUGUUUUCACCGGUGUCUCUCGUGGCAGACGCAGAGUAAGAUGCCCUCCAAAGCAACCACUACUCUCUCUUCUCAAGCCUUGUGCCCUGGAAAAUUAGGCAGAGAAGAUCCCAAACAGCCACUUUCCUCACCAGGAGGGCAGAAGUGAGAGUAAAAUACUGUCUGAUCUCACACUCACUAUUUCAGAGUCUCACAGUCAUCUGUUAUCGAAGGGGCAAAUGAAAUGCCCCGGUGUAGAAAUGAAGAACUCUUGGUUUUGGAGGGAAAAACUUUGGAUCCUUUUUAAAAGAGAAUUAGGUUUUUCAGGAGUGUAAUAUUUGCCUCCUCAUAGUCUCCAUGAUUUAGCGCCCGUGAGCUAGUCAUUACUUUUUUCUCACCUCUGUGGAUGAGCAUGGAAAUUUGUGAGAAUGUGAGGGAGCCAAUAUGUUAUACACCAGAUGAUGGUUAUUUCUGUGUAUUAACUAAAACUUUGUCCCGUGUUUGAUAGAGGAGGGGAUAUUUCACACAGAAGGGGUCUCUGAGUAGGGCAAAAGUGCAAAUACCAUUUCUUGCUCAGUUUUGAGGAAUUUUGACCUAUUCCUUUCUCUGCUGUGCGGCAUCUCUGUGGAGUCUGAGCUAGGCAAACACAGUAUGUGAGCUUUCAGUGGAUUAUUUGUAUUAUGGCUUUUCUUAACUAUUUAAAAUCUAGGAAUCACUUGAAAAUGAAUGAGCAAACCUGGGGCAGGGUUAGGAAAGAUAAGGUUUACACAUAUUCCACUAAGAUAAGGGAAGCUACUAUGUUAAUAUUCAUUUUCUAAAAACUCUAAGGCUCUCAUUGUUUCACUAAUUUUAGAGGGUUAAAAAGGGCUGAAAUUUGUCCACAGCACUAGCCACUUAGAAAAUGUUAUUCACGUGAGAAAUCUAUACAGAAAUAGUAGAACACAGAAAUAUCAUAGGCCAUAUUUUCUUCUUCAUUUUAAUAUAUGUAGAAGUUAGAGGAGAAGAAAUUACUCUAAGACAAAUUUUCAUCUUUAAGGGAUAUUUACAGAAAGCCUGAAAUUGAUACUCACAGGCUUGGUGUCCUCCUCUCAGCCUUAUUGCUGGGAGAGUCAAAACUGUUGUCAGAUUUAGCUUCUGUUCGAAUAUUCAAGAUUAACUGUUUAUUUAGAUAACUAUUAUUUUGGAGAGUGAGGAUAGCUGAGAAAAGGGAGGGGUGGGAAAACACACAAGUAAAUUUCUUGAAGUCCCCCCUCCUGAGCUUAAUUUGAGCAAGCUAACCUCCUAGCCCAGGAGGAGCUGGCACAAGAGCUCCACCCAUGCCUGACUUCUGUCAAGAAAUGUAUCCACAUCCAGGAGUAUCAUGUGAACUGUAAUGACCUCACAGACUGUGGUUGUGAAUUUGCAGUUAACAAAUAUACGUCUUCUUUAAACAACUGAAGCCAUAUCUGUCAUCUCUGUGUUUGACUCUUUUUUUUUUUUUUAACCCCGGUGUUUCCCCUCUGUUUCUGCCAAACUUCAGCUUACUCUAUGGGGAAGAGGAGUAAAACUGUAGUUAGGAUGAAUGUGAGGACCAUGAAAAAACUAAACCUCCUCUUCACAGUGAGAUCCUAGCCAGAGAACAGUAGUGAUCAAAAUGCAAACUGUUGGAAAACAUGGAUAUAUGUACAUCUGUACAUGUAUAUAGUGUAUAAUAUGUAUGUAUAUGUUAUUGCUCAUAUGCAGAAAUCUAUCCAUUUGAAGACAGCCCAGGUGGGUCCAUUUUUCUGUUGGAAAACCAUCUGGGCCAUUCAAAACCAUUAGGACCGAUGGGUAGAGUUACUUUCUACUGAAUUAGGAAUCAUUUGCUGUCUUUUGAAGUCCACAAACCCAAAU